AUGUCUCCAACUCACGUCCCUUCAGGCCAAGGCGACGACCCUGCCGACAACGCUGACUAUUUCUCCAGAGCCUUUGAAGGCCAGCCACCCGAGGUGAAGGAACAGGAUGCUACUCCUAAACCGUUCUCCGACGCCUGGCGGUUUACUCCUUCCCUCAUGGAUCCCAAUUCUUAUGCCUUCUCUGCCUUUGCCAACCAACCUCCGGGAUACUACACUCCCACUCCUGGUGGCUUUGGAACUCUCUAUCACCCUCAGGCGGGCGAUCUUCACACGCCUGGCAUGGGAAUGAAUACCCCUCUAUCACUACCGCACUCUGUCCACGGGCUCCAUGCCCAGGACCAGUUGAUGCACCUCCAGCACUUCAAUCCCCAUCUUCUCCACCAACCUCACCCAUUCCAGGAUCCUUUCCAUCCCCAGCAACCUCCUAUCCAUGUUCCUACGCAGCAACCACAGACAUUCGCUCCUCAGCAGUUCCUGCAGCAUCAGGACUCUGGCUAUGUCGCGAUGGACGAGACUCCCCAUAAGACGACCCCCACGCACGCCGAGAUAGGUAUUGAGCAGCCCAUCAUCAAUCAACCGAUGCGACAGUCUAUGUCCGGAAGUGUUGCUAUGACCAGCCUACCCUCGGGGGAGAAGUUAGUAUCAACCGGGUUCGUCUACGCAACCUCUAACUUUGUUGGCAGGUUUCGCUUUCACACCACCUUGAAUGCUCCAACUGCGAUGGUUCGGCACGCGGAUGAGAUCCCUAUUACAUAUCUCAACAAAGGCCAAGCCUACACCAUGUCAAUAUGGGACACCACCCCUCCCAUGCCACAAAACACCGUUCUCAAGUAUCGGACUUACGUCCGAGUUUCCUUUGAGGACGAACAGCAACGGGCGCGACCGGGUGGAUGUUGGCAGCUAUGGAAGGAAGGUCGUGGAUCGAAUGAGGCGCAUCAGCGAGGUGGGAGACUUUUGGCAGUGGAAUUCGUGGACCAGAAUCCAGGCGGGGAGGACGAGUUACGGAAACCCCAACUUCUACUCGAGAAAGCCUCAUUUGAUGGAUUCGCCGUCACCUGGUCCCCAAAUUCCAUCAACGGAAGCCCCGAUUGCUCCAUAUCAAUCCGCUUCAAUUUCCUGUCCACAGACUUCAGCCAUUCGAAAGGGGUCAAGGGCAUCCCGGUUCGACUUUGUGCCAAGACCGAAUUGCUCACCCCUCAGACAAGCGCCAGCAACGAGCCAGAAGUAUGCUAUUCAAAAGUCAAGCUAUUCCGUGAUCAUGGUGCAGAGCGCAAACUAUCGAAUGACGUUGCGCAUGUAAAGAAAACGAUCGACAAGCUCAAACAACAGAUCGCCCAAGCUGAAGCAGGCCUGGGAAGUGCCGGAAAGAGAAGGAGAAGCAGUUCAAUUGCAAAAGCAUCAGCAUCCAGACCCGGAAAAGUUGUGAAACACAAACGGACUUGGUCCGUUGACUCGGAAGCGGAUGGUGUCAAAUUUUCCGCGGAAGAAGACCUUCAAAUGAAGCUAGUCAGCAUGCAGGAUAUGUUUUCUUCGACAAGACCUGUCAGUGUUUUGUUUCUGCGUGGUGAUGCAGAAGAUGAUCCUGAUCUCCACCCGGUCAAACUUCCUGGAGAUGAUCCUGAAGGCAAAGAAAUCGUGCGGACCAGUACAUGGGAGUCCAGACAGAGUGCAUCUGAUUCCCCCACGUCAAAUCCUGCUUCACCAUCUUCGAGCUCUGCAUCACAGGCCACCCCAAAGAGAAAAUUUUCCGACCUGCAACAGACUGCCAUUCUGGAAGAGGGGGAAAGCGAGUACGGCUACGAUCAUAAAGGAGGUGACUCUGGGUCAAGACCGGUGAAGAUUUUGAAACCAGAAGAGGCAUCUGUUGCUGGACCGGAUCUCUUUGCUGUUGAUGUGGAUAGCAGCUAUCGGCCUCCUGUGGAAAGGCCCAUUCGGCCAGGUAAGUGUCCUGAUCUACCGCCAAAGUUGCCUUCUAAUCGGGCCAAAGUUGCGUGCUUUUACGUGCGUCAAAAAGACGCAGCGAAAGAAUACUACCGCGCAAUAUACUUGUUGCAGCGCACCGUCAAGGAUCUGGUCAACAACAUUGCAGCAAAAUUCCAGAUCGACCCUCACAGAGUUACUCAGGUCACGCACGUCAAUUCUCGCGGACUCCGCAUCAUCGUUGACGAGGACGUCGUCCGAGAGCUCCCCGAGGGACAAGACAUGAUUGUUGAAUUCACACCGCUCGACGCUGAUCAGCCGGUAAAGCAAGAAUUCAUUGCACCCGCAGCCACAGAGGUGGCAGUCGACAGCGAGCUACCACUUACGGAGUCACUUGUCUCGGACCCGUUAGAAAUGUGGUUGAACUAUUGA